AUGAGAAAGAAAGUAGAUUAGCGUAUCCAAAUUUUGAUGGAAAACUGCAUUAAGCUUAGAUAGCGUGGGUUCUUCAUCAUUGUUGGUGAUAGAGGCAAAGAAUAGGUAGUUAACAUUCAUUACUUGCUUAAUAAAAUGAAUUUCAAGUCAAAGCCAAAUGUCCUUUGGUGUUAUAAAAAAGAAUUAGGUUUCUCUACUAAUAAGUAGAAGCGUAUGAAAGAAAUUAAAAAACUUUAAAAGAAAGGAUUGUAUGAUAAUAAUGUUGACGAUCCAUUUUAAUUGUUUGUCACUUCUACUUAAAUCCGUUAUUGCUACUAUAAAGAAACCCACAAAAUCUUAGGUCAGACAUAUCAAAUGCUUAUCUUAUAAGAUUUCGAAGCAAUCACUCCUAAUGUCCUUUGUCGUACCAUUGAAACUGUUGAAGGUGGUGGUUUUGUUAUUAUGCUUUUCAAAACCAUGUCUUCAUUGAAGUAACUUUACACACUUACUAUGGAUGUCCACAAUCGUUACAGAACCGAUUAAUUCUAAGAUGUUGAACCUAGAUUCAAUGAAAGAUUUAUUUUGAGUUUAUCUAAGAGUGAAAACACUAUUGUUAUGGAUGAUGAGUUGAAUAUUUUACCAAUUUCAAAUUUAAUUGAAAAUAUCAAGUCAGUCAGUGCUGAUGACUCACUUGACUCUAAAAUGACUAAAGAACUUGAAGAAUUAAAGGAAUCUUUGAAAUAAAAUGUAUUAGUAGGUCCUUUCAUUAAUAUAGCCAAAACGCUUGAUUAGGCAAGAGCUAUUAUGACAUUUAUAGAUGCUAUUACUGAAAAAAAUACAAGAGCAACCAUCUCUUUGACUGCUGGUAGAGGACGUGGUAAAUCUGCUGCUGUUGGUGUUGCUAUAGCUGCUGCUAUUGUUUGUGGCUUUUCUAAUAUUUAUGUAACUGCUCCUUCUCCGGAAAAUUUAAAAACAUUAUUUGAAUUCAUUUUUAAUGGAUUAGAAUAGAAUAACUACAAGGAAAACAUGCAUUAUGACAUUAUUUAAUCCACUAAUCCCGAUUUUAACAAUGCUGUCAUUCGUGUUAAUGUUUUUAAAACCCAUAAAUAAAUUAUUUAAUAUGUUUCCCCUACAGAUUUUGCUUCUAUCGGACAUGCUGAUUUGGUUGUUAUUGAUGAAGCUGCUGCAAUUCCUUUAGUUUAUGUUAAAUAAUUUUUAGGACCUCACCUUGUCUUCCUUUGUUCUACAGUUAAUGGUUAUGAAGGUACUGGAAGAUCACUUUCAUUAAAGCUUAUUUAGCAACUCAAAAGCUAAAGUAAAAUGAACAGUAGCUCUAACUCAGAAGAAAAAUAAACUGCUGUUUCUUCUUCUGGUUCAAGAAUUUUAAGGGAACUUACUUUAAACGAUCCUAUUAGAUACUCACCUAAUGACCCUAUUGAAAGAUGGUUAAAUGAUCUUCUUUGCUUAGAGGCUUCUUAAGCUGUACCUCUUAAAAGUGGUUUACCUCACCCUAAUGACUGUGAAUUGUUUAUGGUUAACAGAGACACACUUUUUAGCUAUAAAAAAUCAACUGAACAAUUCUUAUUCAACUUGAUGAGUUUGUUUAUUUCUUCACACUAUAAAAAUUCCCCUAAUGACUUACAACUUCUCAGUGAUGCUCCUUCUCAUGCUGUCUUUGUUUUAAUGGGUAAAAUCAAAGAGGGAGAGAAAAAAUCUGAAAUGCCUGAUAUUCUCUGUGCAGUUUAGGUUGCUCUUGAAGGAAAAAUCAGCAAGGAAACUUUCAAUUAACAAAAUGAAAACAGAGUCAGACCUGCUGGCGAUUUGAUUCCAUGGAUUAUCAGUGAAUAAUUUUAAGAUAGAGAAUUCCCCUCACUUUCAGGUGUUAGAGUUGUGAGAAUUGCUACUCACCCUGCUGCUUAAAAAAUGGGUUAUGGUUCUAAAUCUCUUGAAUUACUCUAAAAAUUCUUUGAAGGUGAACUAAUUGACUUGUCUAACGAAACUUUGAAUCGUGAAAAUUAUUUCCUCAAAGCUCAAAGAACUGCAGAUGGUGAAAAGAAAUUGAAGCCACUUCUUAAGCGUUUAACUGAAAUCGAACCACCUCAAUUACACUAUCUUGGUGUCUCUUUCGGUUUGAGCAAAGAACUCUUCAAAUUCUGGAAAAAAUCAGGCUAUUAUCCUCUUUAUUUAAGAUAAGCUAAGAAUGAUAUUACUGCCGAACACAGCUGCAUCAUGCUUAAGAGCUUAAAGAAAUAAAAUGAUAUGGAAAAUGAAAAUGUUUAAGAAGAAAAUAAAUAUAAUGACUAAUGGUUAAAAUAUUACAGUGACGAUUUCAAAAAGAGAUUCCUUCAACUUCUUUCAUAUGAAUUUAAAGACGUUGAUGUCUAAUUAAGUUUAGGUGUUGUUGAUCCUACUUUCGUUACUGAUGAUAAUGAUUCCAGACUUACAAAUGACCUUGGUUUGGGUGAUAAAGAUAAAAAUUAACUUGGAAAUUACAUCAUGGCUCCUAUUUCUAACAAGGAAUAACUUGAAAAUUAUAUAAACACUUAUGAUUUAAAGAGACUUGAAGCUUACUCUAGAAAUUUAGCAGAUUUCUAUUUAAUUAUAGAUCUUCUUCCUGAAAUCAGCAAGAUGUUAUUCUUGAAUCGUUUAUAAAGCAUUAAAAUGAGCUAUUCUCAAUGUGCAAUUUUCUUGGGAUUAGGUCUCUAACAUAAAACUAUUGAGAAGUUGGCAAGAGAACUUGGAAUUCCUGUUUCUUAAGUAAUGGCUAUCUUUAACAAGGGUAUCAGAAAGGUCACUUAACUCUUCCGUUCUUUGUUUGAACAAGAAAUUAUGAAAGAAUUGAACUUUGGCAAUAGCAAAGAAGCUUUGGAAAAAAUGAAUCCCAUAAAAGAUAAUGAAAAUGAAAUCUAAGAUGCAGGAAAAGAAUAUUUAAAGAGUCUUUUAGAAAAAGAUAACAAAAAAGAUGAAAAGGAAGAUAAAAAAUCUGAUAAACUCAAUAAAAAAAGACAUGCUCGUUAUAACUUUGGCACUGAAGAUAUAGAUGUUGGAAAUGCAUCAAUUAACUAAAAUACUGGUACUAUUACUAUAGCAAGAGAUUCUAAAGUUGCAUUAAAUCAAGACUUUACAAACUAUAAAUCUGCUUCUGCUGCUUAAGCUGCUGCUGUUAAAAACGCUAAAAAGAAACUCAAAAAGAAUUGA